AUAGCGGUAAGCAGCGGGGUGUGAGGAGCGGCCAGGUCCAGAGCGCAAUACUGUUUACACUACAAAUGCGGUUGAGUUACACCAUGUACAGUAAAAUGGGCCCGACUGCCAGUAACUCUAGUCACUUACCAACAAAAGCAUCAUUUCCUGAAAGCUCCUCCCCUCCUCCCUCCCUCUUCUCCCCACCUCUCCCCUCCCCUCCCCUGCUCUCUCACUCACUCUCCAACCACCUUUUUCUGAGCUCUGAGGAACUAGUCCACAUACACUAUGACUAAGCCCUCUAUGCAAAUACCUGACAGCCCCUGGUGAAGCAGGAAGCAUGUUUUAGAGUGUGUCUCCGCCUGUGUCUCUUGUUGGUGAGAGAGAGAGAGACAAGAGUUUUUGUGUGUGAGCUGAUCGCCCAGAGCGUACCUGCGGUAGAGCGUAGAUGCGUGUGUGGGACCAGAGAGGAACUGUAAAGGGCUAGUCAGAGUCCACUGUUGGGGUGGAAGGUGAAUACCAACACUUUGAUCAACACAUGGAAGAGGCUGUCGCUUUUGGGGAUUCAAGGUGAAGCAGGAGUGGAUGUGUGUGUGUACCCCCCCCCCCCCCCCCCCAUACUGCAGCUGUUGGACCCAUGUCUCUCAUGCAGUUCUGGACUAAAUUGUAUUCACAGCUGGGACGACCGCUUCCCAAGGACCUGUCCUGCAUUGAUGACCUCUCCACAAACUCUCUGUUCUCCUCUCCGGCUGACUCUCUGUCGGAAUAUGCUGAUACCCAGUCCUUCAUCAGCACAGACAACCUGGACACGGUGCCCACCAUCUGGGACGUCAACACUAGUACAACCACCACACCAGCACAGAGCCAGCUAGAGCUGAAUGGCACCAGCAGGUUUCAUGGCUUGGCCAGUUUGGAUGAUAUAACUGCUAUUAUCAGCACCCCACCUUUAGGAGGAUUUCAGCAGGCUCAGAGAACCCAGUCACCACCAGUAGAGGAAGAGGAUGCUGAAGAGGAGGAGACAGAGGAACUGGGACAUGUAGACACAUAUGCUGAGUACAGACCUUCCAAAUCCACUAUAGGAAUUUCUCAUCCUGACAUAGUGGUGGAGACCAACACGCUCUCCAGUGUCCCUCCUCCUGACAUCACAUACACUCUGUCUAUCCCCGAGUUAACUAUUAACAGUGGCCAGCUGUCCGCUCUGCAGCUAGAGGCCAUCAUCUAUGCCUGCCAGCAACACGAGGUGAUACUUCAGAACAACCAGAGAGCAGGUUUUCUGAUCGGAGAUGGGGCAGGGGUCGGAAAGGGACGCACUGUGGCGGGAAUCAUCCUGGAGAACUACCUUAAGGGAAGGAAGAAAGCGCUAUGGUUCAGCAUAUCAAAUGACCUGAAAUUUGAUGCAGAGAGAGAUCUCAAAGACAUAGAAGCACCGACUAUUCCUGUGCAUGCCUUAAACAAGAUAAAGUAUGGAGACACAGCUACCUCAGAAGGAGUCCUGUUUGCAACUUACUCUGCGCUGAUUGGAGAGAGCCAGGCAGGAGGGCAGCGGCGGACGAGAAUUAAACAGAUCCUGGACUGGUGCAAGCCAGACUUUGAUGGAGUUAUUAUUUUUGAUGAAUGCCACAAAGCCAAGAAUGCCACAUCUACAAAGAUGGGCAAGGCAGUGCUUGACCUGCAAAACAAGCUGCCAAGGGCCAGAGUGGUAUAUGCCAGUGCCACAGGUGCCUCUGAGCCAAAGAACAUGAUCUAUAUGAGCCGCCUGGGAAUCUGGGGUGAGGGCACGCCCUUCAGAACCUUUGAUGACUUCCUGCACGCCAUCGAAAAGAGAGGUGUUGGUGCCAUGGAGAUUGUUGCUAUGGACAUGAAAGUGAGCGGGAUGUACAUUGCCAGGCAGCUGAGCUUCUCAGGUGUUUCUUUCCGCAUUGAAGAGAUCGGACUGGACAGCGACUUCAAACUGGUCUACAACAAAGCUGCCAAACUGUGGGCAGAGGCGCUGCAAGUGUUCAUGCGUGCAGCUGACGAACUGGGCCUGGUCAGCAGGAAGUCUCUGUGGGGGCAGUUUUGGUCAUCUCACCAGCGCUUUUUCAAAUACCUCUGUAUCGCUGCCAAGGUCCGCUGCCUGGUGGAGCUGGCCCAGAAAGAGCUGGAGGCUGGAAAGUGCAUCGUUAUUGGCCUGCAGUCUACUGGAGAGUCCCGCACCAGAGAAGUCCUGGAUGAGAAUGACGGCCAUCUUGACAGAUUUGUGUCUGCAGCAGAGGGAGUAUUCCAGUCUCUCGUAACAAAACAUUUCCCUUCAGAGAAACAGAGAAGAGAGAAAGCACCAGGGAAUAAGAGAAAACGAAAACCUCGAGGUCGCCAGACCAAGGUACCCAAGCACACAGUGGACAGCGGCGGUGUGAUCAACAUCAGUGAUGACAGCAGUAGUGACUCUGAUGGCAUGGACACCGACUCCAACUCCUCACCAGACUCCCUGCUAGACAAUGACGAUGUCAUCUUUGUGAACCACACUAGCUACCAGACAGCCAGGAUAGAGGAGAUGAAGCAGGACCUCCUCAACAAAAUAUCCGACGUGGGAAAAGAACUACCUCUCAAUACCUUGGACGAGCUCAUCGAUAAGUUUGGAGGACCAGAUAAAGUCUCAGAGAUGACUGGUCGUAAGGGUCGUGUGGUGCGGCGUCCUGAUGGCAGCGUCCGCUAUGAGUCACGGGCUGAGCAGGGUCUUACCAUAGACCACAUCAACCUCAAGGAGAAAGACCGCUUCAUGAGUGGAGAGAAGUUGGUGGCCAUCAUCUCAGAGGCAGCCAGCUCCGGGAUUUCCCUGCAGGCGGAUAAGCGAGUGAAAAACCAGAGGCGCAGGGUCCACAUGACCCUGGAGCUGCCUUGGAGUGCAGACAGAGCCAUUCAGCAGUUUGGUCGCACCCAUCGGUCCAAUCAGGUGACGGCCCCAGAAUACAUCUUCCUCAUCUCAGAAUUGGCUGGGGAGAGACGUUUCGCCUCCAUAGUGGCUAAAAGACUGGAGAGCUUGGGUGCAUUAACCCACGGAGACAGAAGAGCCACUGAAUCCAGAGACCUGAGCAAGUACAAUUUUGAGAACAAGUACGGUACCAAGGCUCUGGAUAAAAUCACCAAAGCAAUCCUUGGCCACAUUGAUAACAAGGUGCCCCCUCCCAAAACGUACCCUGGGGGUGACGGCAUGUUCUUCAGAGAUAUGAAACAUGGAAUGAUGGAUGUGGGCAUCCUCUGUAGGGAGCCUCGCUUUGGGAUCAAUACUGAGAAAGACUGCAGCAUCACCAAGUUCCUGAAUCGCAUCCUGGGCCUUGAGGUUCACAAGCAGAACCAUCUCUUCCAGUACUUCACUGACAAUUUUGACUACCUAAUUGAGAAGGACAAGAAGGAGGGCAAAUAUGACAUGGGAAUCCUAGAUCUUGCCCCAGGUAACGAUGAGAUCUAUGAAGAGAAGCAGGAAACUUUCUUGACAGUUGGAAACCCUCAAGAUGGACAGGUUGUUCUCUAUAAGAUCAGUGUGGACAGAGGUAUGCCCUGGGAUGAGGCCUACAACAGGUCACUGAAACUCAGUGGUCCCGAGGAGGGAUUCUACCUGUCCAUUAAGCUGCGAGGGAACAACCCAUGUGUGCUGCUGGCUGAACAAGGACGAGGCAAGAACUUCAACGUCUACAAGCCCAAUAUCGGCAAGCAGACCCAUCCUGAGAGCCUCGACAAGCUGCAUCAACGCUACCGGAAGGCGACUCCCGAGGAAGCCAAGGAGACCUGGGAGAACCAGUUCACCUUCUCCUUCAAGAAGUGCAGCCAUGCCAACUGGAAUGGGAAGUGUAAGAUAAUUGAAGAAGGUCAGGUGUGUCUGCAGGGCAUGCGCCUCCGUCAGUACCACAUGCUGUGUGGUGCUCUCUUACGCGUGUGGAAGCGCGUAUCCGACGUGGUGUCUGACAUUACCAGCACCAGCAUCCUGCAGAUUGUCCGCCUUAAAACUAAGCAGCAUAACAAGCAAGUCGGUAUCAAGAUCCCAGAGAACUGCGUGGCCCGUGUGCGUGAAGAGCUGUUGCUAAUGGACGAGGAGGUGAAGAGGAGGCGCAAGGAGAAAGAGAAGCAAGCUGUGGAGCAGCGGCUGGCUGAGGAGCGCAUGCGUAAAAUGGAGCAGGACAAUAAACACCUUCUGGCAAAUCUGUUCAACCAAAAACCCAUGCUCAACCAGUCCCUUAUCCAGUCCCUCGCCCAGAGCCAGAUCCUCAAACAGAACCAGAAACUGAACCAAAACCCAAUGCAAAGAACACAAACUGGGAACAUGUCUCAGCUAAUGAGAUUGCAGGCCCAGGCCCAGGCCCAGACCCAGUCCGCUUUGCAGCAGCCCCCCCAGAAUCUAACCCUGUUGUCCUUACAGAGAAAUCCUAGCCAAGCCCAGCAAAGGACUCCCAACAGCUGGCCCAACAAUUCCACCACCAACAGCAACCAGAACCGUCUGACCAACACGGUCAACCCCAGCCCCAAUUUCCCCUCGUUUUACCCCCAGGCCUUCCUAACCUCUUUUCCACAGCAAAAGAACCAGUCUUUUCCACUCCAUCAGACUGCACUGUCUCCCAACGUGUCUUCCAAGAAUCCCCUGGACGAUAUCUUGGAUCUGACUGUGAGCUCACCGUCCCCUUCACCGGACACCACAGAAGGCGGGCUGAAUCUGGACAGUCUGACACACUCUGCAGCAUUCGGAGAAGACUUUAAUCUGGAGUCUCUGAUCUCUCAGAAUGCGCCGAACGCCCAAAUACAGCAGCCUCUUUUGCUACAGCAGCAGCAACAACAGCAGCAGCAGCAACAUCUACAGACGACACAGCAGCAGAACCACAGCUUGAUGACCAAUAACCACCAAGACUUAUUAGAUUUAUUGGACUUGCCCCUGUCUCCCCAGAUACCCGCACAGAAAGCCAGCCCUUCGUCCUCUACCUCCUCCGGCUCUUCCUCCACGUCCUCCGCCUCCAAUGUGUCAAACAACCUGGUCCCACACGUCUCCUCCGGCCUCCUGCCCGCGCCGACACUCAUCCCACCGUCGUCGUCCUCCUCUCUCUUCUCCAGCCCGUCCCCCUCCUCUUCUCUGUUCUCCAACUCCUCCCCUCACUUCUCCUCCAGCUAUCUCCUCCCCCAGUCAGACUCUCUUUCCUUACCCAACGGCCACUGCAGUCCCGACCCUCUUGACGUCCGCGAGGCUCUGAACAGCAUGCUACAGGCCGGACCAGACCGCAAGUCUGUCAUUCACUACCGGCAACCAGAAUAAGACCUUUAAACAGCAACAGCUCAUUUGGACUUUUUUUUGUUUAGUUUUCCUUUAGGUAUUUUUGUUUUGUUUUGUUUUGUUUUUUGUCUUUUAAAGCAGAUUGUGUGUCGUUGGCUGCUGUCUAUGAUCGCACCCUCGGACCUACUCCCUCUCCCCUCAGGGCCUAUAGUCACGUCACUGCCUGUCCUGCGCUCGGCUCACCUUCUUCUCUAUCCACCUGUAGCGUUCACCUACUCGAGGCUGUUGAGGUGAUAGCGGGCUCGAUCAAUAUCAGAUUUCUGCACCAAAGUGUGUCCUCCACAGUGAAAGGCAGCUGUUAAAAAAAAAAAAAAAAAAAAAAGCGGGGGAAAAAAACAUGUGAUAACUGUAUUUUAUUCAUUCGACCUGUCAAAAGAAACUCUCUUCAACAAACCUCCCGCUGCUGAUUUUACGAGGUAUGAUUGGUGAAGUUGCUGGAAAAUUCUCUAAAUGCCUUUCGCCAGUUAAAACCGCAUCUUUUAGACUUUACCGUUACUUCGCUUCAUGGCCGACUGUCUUGACUUUAACAAGGCUGUACGCAAAGCUUGGUUUGAGUGAAACAAAAGAUAGUGUUGAACUGGAAGACAAGAGAAAAAAAAAAUCUUUUUAGCUGGUUAGCCAUGAAAUGCCUCAGUUUUCAUUUCCUCUUCAUGCUCCCUCUUGUUUCUCUCCCUGCUUGUAUGAACACUAGUGUGAGGAAAAAGGGAGAGGAAGAGCAGUCUGCUGUUGCAAACAGUGCCUUUGGAGAAAUCUAUAAAUGCAGUCUUUAAAAAAAAUCAAUGUAGCCUAAUGUAUAGAUUUGUACUCUUGAGCGUUGGUUUUUCAUUUUAAUUUAAUAUGGUAUAUUUGUAUUUAACUUUUAGCCCCUUUAGUCAGUCAGUUGUUUGUGUUACACUAUGCUGGUGGCGUGUUUCAGGAAGAAGAAGCCUCCAUUUAGCCUGUAUGUGCUCGUAUGAUUGUCUGUGGAGCCUGUAGCUGCUUUCAAUACAAGAGCAGCAGACUCGUCCUGUAUCUGUGUCCUCCUGUCUGUCCCUGGUGAAAAGACGACAUGCAAGGGUCAGCAUGACACAGAUUAUUGAGCAACAUGGAUU